CGCAUGCGCAUCGGGGGUCCCCCCGCGGUGAGGAGGCUCGGGCGUCACCUGGGUCACGGAGAGCGGCGGCUGGUCGGCGGAGCCAUGGACUCGCAGCGGGAAGAAUUGCAAAGGAUAAUCUCAACACUGGCAAACAAAGAUGAUGAAAUACAGAAUUUCAUUGAAACGUUGAACCACACUUUAAAAAAUGUUCAGGUCAAUACUGCCAAGGUGCUGUUAGACUUAGAACAAGAAUUUGGUGCUCUCCAGUCCACCCUGGAUGAAAUGAAGGACAGUAUGACAAACAAGAUCAAGCAAGAACAAGCAUAUAAGAGUCAGGAACUUCAGAACCAACUGACCAUAUGCAGCAAUGCAUUGGAAGGUUCAGAGGAGCUGUUGGAAUAUGCAAAUAGGACGCUGAGCACAAAGGACACUGAAGCUUUCACUAAGGCUGCCAAGCAGAUCAAAGAUAGGGUAACAAUGGCUCCUGCAUUUCGACUAUCUUUGAAACCAAAGAUUAGUGACAACAUGACUCAUUUGAUGGUUGAUUUCUCCCAGGAAAAGCAAAUGCUGAAAUCACUAAAAUUUUUACCAGUCCCACGAGCUCCUGAGAUAGACCUGGCUGACUGUUUGGUUGCUGAUAAUUGUGUGACUGUAGCAUGGAGCAUGCCAGAAGAUGAUAAAAAGAUUGAUCACUACAUAUUAGAAUAUAGAAAAACCAACUAUGAAGGACCUCCUAGAGUUAAAGAAGAAAGGAGCUGGGACAUCAUUGAUAACAUCAAGACUGCUGAAUACACACUCUCAGGAUUAAAGUUUGAAUCCAAAUACAUGAAUUUUCGAGUAAGGGCAUGCAAUAAGGCUGUGGCAGGAGACUAUUCUGAACCAAUAACCUUGGAAACAAAAGGUUUCAACUUUAACUUUGAUGCUACAACUUCACACCAGAACUUAAAAGUUGACGAUUUUAAUGUUGAAUGGGACUCUUCAGGAGGAAAAGGGCAGGAGAGUAAAAUAAAAGGAAAAGAAAAUAAGGGCAGAAGUGGUACACCAUCACCAAAAAGGACAUCCAUGUCCUGCAGACCAGGAUCUGGAAGAAGUAACAGAGAUCGUUUUUCUGGUGAAUCAUAUACAGUAUUAGGAGACGCAGUCGUAGAAAGUGGGCAACAUUAUUGGGAAGUGAAGCCUCAAAAAGACUGUAAAUCCUAUAGUAUAGGAGUGUCUUACAGAAAUCUUGGCAAGUUUGAUCAGCUGGGGAAGACUGUUACAUCAUGGUGUGUUCACGUUAACAACUGGCUGCAGGCAUCCUUUGCUGCUAAACACAACAACAAAGCUAAAGCCAUGGACGUGCAGGUUCCAGACAAAAUAGGCGUAUACUGCGACUAUGAUGGAGGUCAAAUUUCCUUUUAUAAUGCUGAUACGAAGCAAUUAUUACAUACUUUCAAGACAAAAUUUACUCAACCAGUAAUUCCAGCAUUUAUGGUCUGGUGUGGUGGCCUAAGCUUGUACACAGGACUCCAAGUACCAAGUAUUAUAAAGUCCUUCCAGAAGGGCGAUGGCGGAUUGAGUGGCUCUGCAAACAGUUUAAUUACUCUUGCUCAGUAACCAAGUGCGUGAGACUAACCUACAUGGAGUGGUGUGAUUUUUAGUUUUUCACUGAUUUGAAAAUCUGUCAUACUAGCAAUGGAAGCUUGGAUACGAUGGACCAAUCCCACUCUGUUUCUUCUUGUGCACCCAGUUACGGCAGAAAUUUCCAGUGUGUACUAGACACGUGCUGAAUCGUAACUCAGGGUUACAUCCAUAGUCAACCAUGUCCAUGUUUUCAUGAAUUUCAAAAACAGACAUUUCUGUAUAGUUUACAUGCACUACUUCAGGUUUUUAUCCUCUGUGUGCACUCUGUACUCAUGCCAUUAUUCCUUUAGCUAGAAGGAACAUGUAAAAAUCACAAAAAGAACUAAAUUGAUUCUUUUGCUUGGCUUAUAAAACUGACCUAGAGGUAUGAUGGAGAAAUGUAUCAUUCCUCCUUUUGGGUGGGAUAAUUUGGCUAGAAUGCCAGGAAUUGAUUGUCUUUUGGAAUUGGAAUGUUUGGUAAUCAGGCUGAAUGCAAUGAUUGCACAAAACUAUAAAAACACCAAAGCAUGAUGUUUAAACUUCCCUUUCAGUGUGUAUGUGUUUUAAAGCUGCCUUAUUUAAUGCAACUUGAAGUGUAAAUUAAGGGAAUCUAAAACCACAGAAGAUAAGUAGUUGUUAUAGAAGUGUUUGCUGGCGAGGACUUUUUAUUAAAGCUAAGGGAAUCUGCUAAACACUGCUUAGUAGAGCUGCUUCAUCAUAGUGCAGCACCACAACAGUUACAUUUCCAAACACAUUGGAUUCAGAGUUGGACUUUACCAAUUAACAAAUGGAAUCCUGUAGUGUGCUUCAUGAGCUAUAUUAACUAGCAUUGAGAAUUGUUGAGCCUGUUAAGUGGUAAAUUUGCAGAUCACUUGUGUUAAAAUGUACUGAAGCUGUCAGCAAAGGUGGAAUGACAAUUAGCCUGCCUGAGCUGUGUAAAAAAAAAAGAAACACUAUACCCUCUCUACAACACGGUGUGCAUGCUCGCUGUCUAAUAUUAGUGCCUAUGAAGCCAUGGCUUCUUUAAGUUGUCAGAAAGAUAAAUAUUCUGUAAAAGUCUUGACAUUCAUCCUUAUGGUAUAAUGAAUACAUUCAUCAACUAGUUUCAUAUUGUCCACAUGGUUUCACCAGACAGCAUUAAUCCACUUUAUGAGCCACUUCCAGCAUACCUUUAAUCAUCACCUCCAAUUCAGUCUGUCAAACCAUCUCAUUGAAUUUCUGUUCCCGGGAGUUCUUAGCUCAAAUCUGUAUUCUAUCUCACUGUUCCAUGGGUCAAGACAGGAAACCGAGGGGCCUUGUUUCUCCUGUUAGAACAGGUGAAUCUGAAUUUUGGAUCAAAUUGUAAUUAGUCAUAAAGCGUUUGUCACAUCACAUCUCUGCAAUCGUAGGUUAUUUAACUGAAAAUAAAUGCUAUCGAGCAAAAUGUGAAAGUGAGCAUCAUUUCAAGUAGUCGUAUGCACUUUAAGAAUGUCAAGUAUUUAUUUCCAUUCCAGUUUUUUGCUCUCCACCUUCACCUGGGUAGUUUUUAUUAAUGUUCAAUUUAUUUACUAAAUAAACUUGCAUUACUAUGUUUUGUAAUGGUUCUAAACAGGAUUUGGAUUUACUAGUUUACCUAAAAUAACUUUAAUUCCAGGAUACCAAUUAAGAUAAUAGGGGAGAGAAAUUGGAGGAAUCAUUCAUUUAGAGAUACUGGCAGGGCAAAUGAUUGCUGCUUUACUAGUGUCAGAAGGCAAAUAGCUCACCACUGAAAUAAGUAUUCAUCUUGCUCAAAGGGGUUUUGUCAGAACUGUGAAUUCAGAUUUUCUUUUAAUGAAGCAUAGGAUAUCAAACUGAGGAUUUUUAAAUUGUCAAAAUGAACAUGUUGUAUCCUUGAACCACAAAACAUCAAUAUUGUACAGAUGUUUAAAGGAUUAUCCGCAAAAUCACAUUCUUGAAGUACAAAAUAGUAAUUACAAAUGAUCCUCUCAGCUGUAUUUAAAAAAAAUUACCAAGUGCAGGAUUCAUUUACCUUUGAUUAAUUCUCAUAACUUGUGGAAACUACUGUAUACUGGCACCUACUACAAACUAAAUAUUUGUUGGCAUCUACAGUUUUCAUUGUAUUGAGCAAUAAUUUUGUUAUUUAUUGUCUAUGGUUUAAUUAGGAAAUAUAUCACUUGUACAACAAUAGACUAAUUCCUCCAUUGUUAUUAUCCAAGACUUGAGCAUUAGUCUUUGUCCUAAUAAAACUUGGUUUUAUUUCCAGAAGAAUAAAUGACACUUAGAUAAACAUACCAUUCAAAAUUAUCUUGUCAAUCUUAAAUGCCUCAGAUAUCAAGUUAUCUCUAACCUUACUCCUGUUAAUGUUGAAUAAAUUGAAUAUUUUUAAGACAGUUUAUGCAUUUGGCUUUACAAAAAGGAAGUAUGGUGUUAGCAAUUUUUUGACCUCUUGGAGGUUUUGCACUGGAAGAUGCCAACCGAGAAACCAUUUAUUUCAACUAGAUAUUUACCACUGUAAUUCCGGUAUAACUUGUAUAAGAUCAUCAGAAGGAAGUAUAACAGUACUGUUUUAAACAUAGAUGUCAUGUUUACUGCAACAAGUGUUAUGUUUUGAACUAUGUCGUAUUACAAAUGAUCCUAUUGACUGUCGUAUUGUUGAACUGCAGCAAGUAACUUUGCAUCAUUUUUCUGCGGUGAAUGGGAUCUGUGAUUAUCUUCGUUGCUGUAAAUUCAUAGGAUGUACCUGUUGUUGGCUAGAGUUCUUUAACAUAAGCAAGUGAGCUGUAAUUAUGCAGACUGCAACAAAGCACAGUUAUAAAUGAACAUCGUGUGAUCUUUCGAGAAUGUGUUGCAAAAGUUUACAAAUCUCAUUUAUUCUGUCUUAUAUUUCUCCUGUUCUCCACCAGAUCAUAAUCAAUGCAGAGUUACUAGCUACAUGAUUUAGGUCCUGCUGAGUGAACAAUAUUUGUUUUAAAUUGGGCUUCCUUGUUUUAAUAUAAUGCUUGUUUCUAAUGGCUGAGAUGGAAUAUUCACCAACCCCCAAGACUGUAAACUAGGAAGAGCCUGUGCAACAGAUGUUUGUAAUUUCAAUAGUAGUUUAACUUACUCAGGGUUAGAGAAAUUACCAAAUAUACAGCAAAAAAAAGUAGUAACUAUGCCGUCUACACAAUAAAAACCUGCUUUG